ACACUGGUAAUAGUCCUGUUGUGGUGAACUUUUUAAGAGCCUUGUAAAGUGAUCUGGAAACCCCCACACGCCCCCCUUCUCUGCCCUCUGACUCUGUGUCUAGGGGUUCAUGUUCUAAGUGGGCCAAUUCGGGGUUUGGCUUUGGAGGAAUGGGUGUCCCCUUUAACUCGCACGCCCAUCAGUGCAUGCCUUGGCUUACAUCACACGGCCUUUGCGUCACGUCGGAGUAUAAUUAGGCUUCUCUUUAUUAUUAGUCCGCAGUGCGAUGCCGGAAGGUGGAUUUCUGCAGACGUGGCUGAUGUUUUGUGUAUCUAAAAGUAAUCUGGGCGUUAACGUUGCCGUCUUCAAGUUCGAUCAGAAAUAUCGUAAUUACGAGGUGAACGGCGUCGCGACGUUAUAAUAACGACGUAGGGGUUUUUUUUUUUCUUUUUUCUUUCUUUCUGUAAAUCGGAUAUUCGAUAACGGAAAGUCAUCGUGGACGCAGUACGAAUGUGACGUCCGCGGAAGACGGUGUGUGUGAGCGGUCGGUCCCGGGCGUCAUGUGAUCUCUGUAAGCACGUGAACGCCCCCCGGAGGUGCCAGGAUGCCCGUGCAGGCGGCGCAGUGGACGGAGUUCCUGUCCUGCCCCAUCUGCCUGAACGAGUUCAACGGCGGCGGACACAAACCCAUCAGCCUGGGCUGCUCGCACACCGUGUGUAAGACGUGUCUCCACAAACUGCACCGUAAAGCCUGUCCCUUUGACCAGACCGCCAUCGGCAUCGACAUCGAGCUGCUGCCUGUCAACCGCGCCCUGCUGCUGCUGGUGGGGGUGCCGGUUCCUGAAAGCCAGAGUGUGUGUCUGGCCAGCGCUGAAGACACACAGCAUUAUGACGUGUGCAGGACGUGUGUGGAGGAGUUGGCUCUGUACCUCAAACCCAUCACCGGGGGGAAAGGCGUGGUGUCUGCGAGUGUGAGCGCGCUCAGUCGGCCCAUGCAGAGGAAGCUUGUGACGUUGGUGAACUGCCAGCUGGUGGAGGAGGAGGGGCGUGUGAGGGCGCUGCGGGCGGCUCGCUCUCUGGGAGAACGCACCAUCACCGAGCUCAUCCUGCAGCACCAGAACCCACAGCAGCUCUCCGCCAACCUGUGGGCCGCCGUCCGGGCGCGAGGGUGUCAGUUCCUUGGACCUGCGAUGCAGGAGGACGCACUAAAGCUCGUACUGCUUGCUCUCGAAGACGGCUCGGCGCUCUCUCGCAAGGUUCUGGUGCUCUUCGUGGUCCAGAAGCUGGAAGCUCGGUUCCCUCAGGCCUCCAAGACGAGCAUCGGUCACGUGGUGCAGCUUCUGUACCGAGCUUCCUGCUUUAAGGUGACCAAGCGUGACGAAGACUCGUCCCUGAUGCAGCUGAAGGAGGAGUUCCGUACGUACGAGGCUUUGAGGCGUGAACACGACGCCCAGAUCGUCCACAUCGCCAUGGAGGCGGGGCUCCGCAUCUCUCCCGAGCAGUGGUCCUCGCUGCUGUACGGCGACCUCGUCCACAAAUCACACAUGCAGUCCAUCAUAGACAAGCUCCAGUCCCCCGAAUCCUUCACGAAGAGCGUGCAGGAGUUGACGAUCGUCCUGCAGAGAACCGGAGACCCGGCCAACCUCAAUAUCCUCCGAGCUCCGCUAGAACUCCUCGCUGGCAUCGACCAGAACGUGGACACAGCCAUCCCCUCGUGGGAGGAGCUCGAGUCUGUGAUGUUGGCGGUGAAGGUUGUGGUCCAUGGGCUCUUCGAGUUCAUCCAGAAUUUCAGCAAAAAGAGUCACGAGACGUUUCCGUCUCAGCCCAACAGUAAAUACAAGACCAGCAUGUGCCGAGACCUGCGGCAGCAAGGAACCUGCCCACGAGGUGUCAACUGCACCUUCGCCCACACCCAGGACGAGCUGGAAAAGUACCGAAUGCGGAAUAAGAAGGUUGGUUCAGGAACCAGGCCGUCCCUUCUGCCCAAAACUGGGGCCGUUAAAUCCUCACCUGUAGACGUGUGUGUCGACGAGCAAGAGGGUGUGGCCUCGGAGAGCUCCUCCCCCACUCGCCUCGUGCCCAGAGGAGGAGAGCAGGAGCAGGAUGAGGUGAUGAAAGAGCUGGCUGAUGGAUUCCUGGCUACCAGCCAAGACCUGAAAACGGGUUCUCCUCCGAAGAGCCCGGCGUCAGGACCUCCUGCAGACACCUCACUGCUCCUCAAACCCUCUUCUCUACCGCAAAGGGCUCACCACGAGCUCACAUACUUUCCUGAACAGAGAUCUGCAUACGAUCUGCCGUCCUGCCCUUCUGAUAAUUAUUUCCCUGCUCCUCUGUCGAACCCUCACAAACCCUACCUGCAUCGCUUCCCUCGCUCCAGCCCCGCCUCUGACUCCUCAGCCCCGCCUCCUCUGGCUCCUCCCUACCCUGACUCGCCCCUCCCGUCUCGUUUAGGCCUGUCUCCGUAUCCCCCGUCCCCCUCUUACCCACCCCUCCCUCACUCUCACUCCCACGGUCACGGCGUGUACGCGCCGGUCUACGACAGUCGGCGUCUCUGGAGGCCUCAGCUGUACCACAGACAGGACGGCCGGAGCAACUCGCUCCCUCUGGAGGUGCUGCACUCGUCCAUCUAUCAUCCCCCUCUCCGGGAGCGCUUCAACUCUCUCGACAGCGCCUACUGCAGCGCCGCCAGCAGGAGAGCUGCCCUGCACCGAGAGGCGUAUGGCCGAGUCGCUCUGGGCUCUGAGGAUUUCUACCCUCUCCGUCAGGAACAGUGGGCGCACCAGCAUCACGUGUCGGGCCGAGCGCCGCAGCAUUCCCCCGUCUUUACUGUGGAUCUCUGCUCCGAGCGUGUGGAGAGCGGUGUGUGUAUGAGCUGUAAAUGUGGAGGUGCAGACGCGCCUCUCGGUCGUUACUCGCCAUGGUCGUGUGGCGCCGUCGGCCCGUUCGACUCGGAACCUCUUUACUCUCACUCCUGUUCCCAACACACGGACGGCGAGUGUACGUCUAAACACUGGCUGCACGUUUCUGAGCCGUACAGACGCGUGAAGGACGAGGACCCCAUCAUCCCGUUCGGCGAGGGUCCUAUGAUCUCAAAGUGGGGCGCCAUUUCACGCUCGUCUCGCACAGACCACCACACCACCGAGCCCGUACAGGCCACGGCGACGCACGGCCGCACCGCCACCACCACGCUCAUCAACUUCAGAGAUUACAGCUCUCAUGUGGGACAGGGCGAGUGCCGGUGGAGUCCCUGUGGGUUUGAGUCAACUCGCUCCGGGUUCCUAGAGAGCGAGCAGAGACGCAGCUCCUUCAGCAACGCCGGGAAACGUGGAGCCGAGUUCCUGGUUCGGGACGCAACGGAGAGCGAACCGGACCGGGACAUCGAGCUGGAGCUGUGUGCUCUACACAUGGAGGACUCGGAACCACCGGGGAUCCAGUCCGAGGCGUCUUUGGAGCCGCGGCGUGAAAAUCACCUCUCCGGGAUGUUUGGCGAUGGAGCAGGAAGCUCGCGGACGGCGCAGUCGUUACCGGAGCACGUGGUGGACGCUCAUUUACUGAAGAAGAUGGCGUUUCGGAAGUCUCUCUCUCCCGGGGGCCUGAACGCUGGAGGUCUCGCUGUGGGCGGUCUGGUGAUGAAGACGGGUUCUCGAAGACCUCCAGGAGACUCAGCCGGACCGAGCCCGGGACACGAGAUGAUCCUGAACGGGAGCUAAAAAUUCAGUAUUUUGGAGUCCGAAUGCCGGGUCAAAACUCGGCGCUGAUCCAUGAGACCUUGGAGUUCGUUUAUUAAUUUCUAAAGCACUUACUCCCCCAAUUUAAUUCCAAACAUCUUGUUUAUGGAACGUAACCCUAUUUGAAAACAUUUCCCCCACCCCACCCUUUUUUUUUUUUUUUUUUGGAAAAGCUUUGUUUGUUUGUUUGUUAGUUUGUUUUUGUUUGCACAAUUUUUCCUGCUUUUAACAAUUUUGCUGCUUAUGCACACGUUUACGUUCACAACUCCCAUCUCAGGUCACCUAGCUGCCAAUCAAAACCUACUCCUUAGCCAAUCAGAUGCCUCCGAUUACUCCUACAUCGAAAUAAUAAUCUGCAUAUGUGAUGAGCUUAAUCUAUUGCAGUUCCUGCCUAUAGGUUUCUAUAUUUCUACUAAAUGUUUACAGUGUGUGUGUGUGUGUGUGUGUGUGUGUGUGUGAGAGAGAGAGAGACUGAGGGGGGGGGAGCCUGGUGCUCAGUAAAUACUGUACAUCGCAUACGUCAUGGUGCAGCACUAAUGACUCUGUUGACGUGCAUGAAACAAAUGCAGUGUUUAGUUUUGUAUCCGGUUUUGUAAUGAACUCUGUGAAUGUGCCUAAUGAAGUAGUGUACGGUAUUUUCUGCUCUCGCCCACGAUUGGUCAGGCGGCUGUUUGAUUUUUAAACGGCGCUCAAAUCCAGCGUUAACGCGCGUGCGUGUGUGGUGACUGUUCUUAUCGCUUAAAGGAACGUGGACGAAAAUAAAGCUCCCGUUUAUAAAUUUCUCGCGUUCAGCUCUGUGGCGAAGUUUAGUCCGUGUUUAUGGAUGACAGGAAGUCUCGGUGUCGGUUAAACCGCGUCGGCACGCGUGAGGAGGACACGGAUUUACACUAAAGACAGACUUGUUGGUGAAAUCGGCGUAGGUGCGACACGGCGAACGUGUCGACUUCAUCUGGUGCGAGUGUGUGUGUGUGUGUGUGUGUGUGUGUGUGUGUGUGUGAAGGGGGUGGGGGUUGUUCUUGCUUGAUCUUUGAGAUUUUCCAAGUCUUGUGCUUGAGCUGCGAGGUGUUGCUUUCCAUCGAGCGAGUGUUUAAACCUGCAGCACUUCUCCGACAGUCUGGUUUAUACUCCUGCAUCCAUCUGGGAAGAACUCGCACGCGCCGUGCUGAUUAACUUCGGCGCUCGUCCUAAAUCCUGACGGCUGUGUGUGUGUGUGCGCGCUUGUGAUGAGGGAGCUGUCGGGAUUCAGCUCGUCUGUAGAUGUUCACGGCGUAACGAUUCGCAAAGUUCACGUCCGAUGUCAUUUCCGUCCACGGGCGUCUCGACACCGUACGUCUUCGGUAACGCGGAACAUCCUACAGCGUGGCCUCAGCCGAUUAGUACGUUUCCGUUACUUCCGGUUCGGUUUAAUAAGCGUCCGGAGCUGUUCAGAGUCCAGCGGCGUGUGACGGAACAAGCCGUGCGUUAGAAUGAAGUGAACUUAAACACGGCGUUAGGUUCAGCGUUGGCCCUCUUUGGUUGGUGUGACUCUAAAGUGGGCGGGACUUUUAUCUUGCGGCCUUUUUUCCCUCUAGAUUUGUGAUUCCGUUUGCGAAGGUUUUUUUUUUUUUUUUUUUUCCCCCCCUGGGGAAAAAAAACUUCCCGAGUUAGCGAAAUCGUAAUCGCACGAAAUAGUUUCUCGCGGUCUUUCACAGUGGUGUUUGUGGGUAAACGAGUGCUUUUAGCUGUACUCGUGUUCGAUGCACGCGAAUCGAAGUCGGCUUCGGCUGAACGCACGUCGCGAUGACCGUCACGUGACUGCGGAAAUUUUCGCACGCUCCUCCGGAUAUUGCGGAGUUUGCUUGAUUUUGCGUGAAGUUCUGCCAUCGCAGAACGGCGAAGGGAUUGUGUACAAGACUUGCGUAUAUAAAACUUAAAUGACGUUUCCGUUGAUGUCAGUUAGCUGAAGGCUUUUCAGGGAUGGUAUGCAGUGGGCGGGGCUUAUUGUAUUCUACUGUCGUUUAGCGCGACUCUUCGUUUCCGGUUAUGUUGAGCGGUGAUGUUUUAUAGUCUGUCCCGGUAAACGCUCCCGAAGUCGACCGUCAGCGACGUAUCUUUGCUGACCGUCACCUCGUGAGAUGGCUCUGAGCUGUGAAGCUGGGGAACCUUUUCGGAAAAGCGCGAAGAGCCAGAAGAUCGGAACCGGGAGGUCGUAUUGACGCUACGCUUCUGCAGUACGGCUUUUUUUUUUUUUUUUUUUUCUUUUCUGCCCUCUAGUGGACACGCAGAAGUAUAAACCAGGCUUUGUCCAAGCUUCAGGAUGUAAUCAGACUGCGUCUUGUUUCACGCUUCGUGUCCAGUAUAAUAUAACGUAUUUUAAAAAAAAAAUAAAAAUAAAAAAAAAAACCCCACCCCUGUCCGAUCCUCUUGUGUUCGAACGCGACAUCGCUGCUAACUUCCGUGAAGUUGUGUGUCGGAGUAUUUUUGUAUCAGGAAUCUCUUUAAUUUUUUUCUCUUUUGUUUCGGUCACUGGACAUGCACGUAACGGUCGGCUCUAUAUUUCCUGUUUAAAAUCUCGGUUGAUGGCGCGCUAGGUGAUGAUCAGAACUCCUGAAACGGGUCGGCGCCGCGGUCUCCUGCGGUCUCGUGCACUGAAUCGGUUCUGUUGUCCUUCACUCGGACCGCAGCGAGAUCUGAGGAGUGUGUAUCACGCCGCGUUCAAGGAAACGUCUCCUAUUUAUAAUAGGGCUUUUUGCCUAAAAAUAAUGGCACCUUUUGUUACGCUUUGCACCGGUUUUCUGGUAACUGGUGUCCCAGUGUUGAAUUUUAUCGUGUGUGUGUGUGUUAGUGCGAGAUGCUGAUCAUCGCACGACUGUUUAAAGUUUAAACCUCGCUUCCUCACAUCAUUUUUGGUCAAGAUCAAUAUAUAGUAUGCACACCGUAAAGCUCUAGAUAGUUGUGCAAAAGUAAGCGCCCCCCCCCUUUAAACGCUGCCGUUUCACAUGACCGUUCCACUGGAACUUUGAAAUUCUGAUUCUAAAGACAAUUGAUAAUUUUUUUUAUUUAUUUAUUUUUUUUAAAAAAAAUUGUCUUUAGGUGAGCACGUCAUUUAAACCCGGUGCUGAUUGAAAAAAUGUAGUACAUUCACACUUCUACUAAACAUGAAUUUAUAGAAGACCAACAUUAAACAUGAAAUCAACUCGCACAUAGAUGUGUAGGUAGAAGUCCUUUUUUUAAUUUAUUUUUUUAAUAUAAACUCCUUUUAUUUUGAAUAGUCGUCCGAUGACAGGUUUUUGUUUUUCUGCAGAUAGGGUUUUUUUUUUUUUUUUUUUUUUUUUUUUUUUUUUUUUGGCUUGAUUUUUUAAAUAAAUUUAAAUUUUUCAAUAAAUAAAACCUCUUACCAUCAAAGUCUGCUUAUAAUGCGAUCACGUGGAGAAUCAGAAAUGAGAAAAUGGCGACAUAAAAUCCGUUAAAGUGUUAAAUCUAUAGAGGAGAGUGUGAGACUUUACACACGAUUCAAUGCUGUUUCAGCCGAUUUAUGCGUGUAGUCUUGGCCAAGGUGUGUGUGCGCGUGCGUGCGUGUUCAAUCCUGCUAUAGCUAAGCUGUAGGUUUUUAAAAACAUUUUAUUUCAUUUUAAAGAAAAGGAAUUUUUAUGAUUACAGCAGCUUCACUGCUACCAACUGGACUUUACAUCUGAUUACAGCUUCAAAUCCUCGGCUUCCUCCAACCUCAGCGUGCGAGGUUCUCUUUACCCUUUGACUUUAUUCAGCGCAGAUGUUUCAGGUUUUAUUUUAAUUUCCUUGGUUUACCCUCUUACUGUGGGGUGUGACUGAGUGAGUGUGGGAGCAGUUCGGCUCUGAGUCGCGCCUGUAUGACGCUUUUAUAACAUUACAGAAGGUGUGUUGAUGUACGUGUGUGUGUAUCGGAUCAUCUGCCCCAUGCUGGUGAUGUUUUUACUGGAUAUUAAAUCAGUUUUUAAUGUCAGUCCAGAGAGGAGGGUUUUUUUUUCCCCCCUUCUCUUUUCCAAACAAUAACCGUAAACAUUAAAAUACGUGCUUUAAAUUUAUCGAUAAAUGAACACUUGCAGGUUAUAAACCUGAAUUCCUACAAAUGAAUACAUCACUCGGCUAAUGCAAUACAACUGAUGUUCUCGAACGCAAGUAGACUCGAGUUCAAUUCAAAUUCAAAACCAGUAAGUCCUGUAUCGGUAAAUAAAUUAAAACAAAUGAGAGAAACCACAGGUGUAUUGUCACGGUAAGAUAUCCCCCCCCCCACGUUAAAAGUUCUUAUAACUUUAAUAUAUUAUAUAACAGUGUCAUGUUAUUUAACAGGUUGAAACAAUAACCCAGAACCACCCAAUUUCUCCCAGUAUGGUAUUGAUGAUUAUUAUUAUUAUUAUUAUUAUUAAUAGAAUGACUCCAUAAACUGUACGUAACGUUAAGCUUGUCCCAUUCGGAGUAUUAUAAAAGUCUAUAAUCGGGAGAAUAGCUUAACGUGAAGAUGUGUGCUUUCAUAUUUAGUUUCUGGCUCAUUCUUUCUGAAAGUAGACGGCAGCUGUUACCAAUAAAGUGUAAGGAAUGUGGCUGGGUUCAUACGUUAAGCCGAUCCCGUGUUAUCGGAUCCCGUAGAGCCGGAAACCUGAAAGUUUGUUGUUUAUGUUCGUGACUAGACGAGUGUGAUUUUUGUCACUUUUUAAAAUUUUUUUAUUUUUAUAAAGUCCCUCUUUUUUCCCCCGGAGACUCUGCGCUGUUCGUUAUAUAAUUGCACGGCCUCUCUGGACCUCUGCAUGUACAAUUCUUUCCUUCUGAGGAUCGCUGGUCGUGAUGGUGUGCAUGCUCGGGUGUGUGUGUGUGUGUGUGUGUGUGUGUGUGUGUGUGUGUGUACGACCCUGACAGCAGCUGAUGUUGAAUAUUUUUACGUCUGUAUUAGACAUUUCCUUUGCAAAUCUAUUGUUCGAUUUAACUGUAUAUGAAAUAAAAGAUGGUACACAUCCGUCAGUUUAUACAGACACCGCCAUCGUAUAGAUGGAAUUUUACUGCAGUUUUAUGAUCAGCUAUAUUUAAAUACAUAGAUAUUUAUCAGAGAUUCUAAAAAAAAAAAAAAAAAAGUAAGAAGUGAAUUCUUUUCGUAGAAAUAUGAACUGUAUUUUAAUGCACUGAACAGAUUUGCUGUUUCGUAUCUUUGCUGUUUGCUGUUUCGUACCUUUUUGCGAAGCACUUCUGAGCCGCUGUAAAGCCCACGCUGAUGAUGGGAAAUUAAUGUAAAGGCUAUUAAAGGUCAUGUUCUGUAACUGCAUGAUGAGGUAAUAAAACGGAUUUGUCCUCGAA